GAUCGAGAGCUUUCGUUCGCAAGAAAAGCGCCGUUCAAAAAUUUCUCAACACUCACCUGACAAGGAUUGACCACAAUUCCAAGUUUACAUUAUCAAUAUCGUUUACAAUGACGUCUUUGCAAACUAUCGGAUGGAGUUUAGCAUUUAGCCUAAUUGCUUUUAUCAUCGUGUCAGGAAACGUCUUAACGUUGGUCGCCUUCUGUGGUUGUAAAAAAUUGAUGCAGAUGCGUACAAGCUACUUCCUGCUCAACUUAGCAGCUGCUGACUUACUUGUCGGCGCAGUAACUGUUCCUAUGUACGUAAUUCUGCUAAGCCAUCACAUAGACAACGUCACAUAUCAAAGCAUAUACACUGCUGUGGACAUAGCUUCUGGUUUUGCGUCUGUUUUCACAUUAACAGCCAUUGGCUUAGAGCGCCUGUACGCGUUUUGCAGACCGCCUCACCGCGUCCACGUUCUGUCAGAUCUGAAAUGCCUGUCAAUGAUUGCUAUAGUUUGGAUCUCUUCCUUCGUCGUCACUAUACUUCACUUAUUGUACAAGUUUCAAUUUGUUUCCUUUGACGUAUUCUUUUAUGUUAUGAUGUCAUCGUUGAGCGCAUGCCUGCUUGUUAUCUGUGCAUCAUAUUUAGGCAUUUGGAUAAGAGUUAAAUUCUAUUUUACCACUCAUAGCCGCGCGUCAGGGAGCGAUAAAAAAGUAGCAAGAAUGCUUUUGACCAUCACGUUGACUUUUGUAGUAACUUGGUUACCUUUUCAUCUUUUAAACAUAAUUAACUUUUUUUGUAAUUUCUGUUUAAAAGCCAAAUUACCUCACAAUGCCUUGUUUUUCUGCAAGUUACUACAUUAUGCUAACUCAUUCUUAAAUCCGAUUAUUUAUUCUUUUCAAAUGCCUGAAUUUAGAAUAGCACUGGGUAGAAAAUUGUGUAAAGAAGCAUUUGCCGUUGUGGAGGAAACGCCCAAAAUUGAAGAAAUACCGUUGGAUAACAUCGGAGGUGCAGAAGAACUGAGAAGUUGAGAUCAAAGAAGACAACUUUGAGCUUCCUGAAGUCAUCUUUGCGAUCAAUAACCAGCAUUUGGGCCGUAGGAGACUACCAUUAAAGCGUUAUUGUAUCUGCUUGCUUGAUUGUUUACACUGUUAAGUGUGUUCAGACUAACCAAAGAUGAUACUUAUAUUCAAACGUAGAAUUUCAGAAAGGGCACACACAUCAGCCUUAUCUGAUAUUGUGGUGUUUAAGGCGAGUACGUUUAAGCCAUCUUGUCAUCUGAUUUAAUAAUAAUAUUUUGUGCCAAAGGAUCUAUCAUAGUAGUAAUGAAUUAACGUAAAUUUCUUCAUAGUGGUUGAAAUAAAGAAUGAAAACAAAACAACUAUCCACUUCAUCGUAC